GCGCGUUGCUGCCCGGAGGCUCCUGAGGCACGGCCAGGCGGCUUGCGGCCCCUGCGCCGGAAGUGAGCUGUUCCGAGGCGCCGCCGGGAGCUGCCACGUCCGAGACCUGGAGCAACCACCGCCGCAGUCAUGGUGUCAGUAAUUAACACUGUGGAUACCUCCCAUGAGGACAUGAUUCAUGACGCCCAGAUGGACUACUAUGGCACCCGCCUGGCAACCUGCUCAUCAGACAGGUCUGUCAAAAUCUUCGAUGUGCGCAAUGGAGGGCAGAUCCUCAUCGCCGACCUCAGGGGUCAUGAGGGUCCUGUGUGGCAAGUGGCCUGGGCUCACCCCAUGUACGGCAACAUCCUGGCAUCAUGCUCCUAUGACCGGAAAGUCAUUAUCUGGAGAGAGGAAAAUGGCACCUGGGAGAAGAGCCACGAGCACGCGGGACACGACUCCUCAGUGAACUCAGUGUGCUGGGCCCCCCAUGACUACGGCCUGAUCCUGGCCUGUGGGAGCUCAGAUGGGGCCAUCUCUCUGCUGACUUACACCGGGGAAGGACAAUGGGAAGUGAAGAAGAUCAACAACGCUCACACCAUUGGCUGCAAUGCCGUCAGUUGGGCCCCUGCUGUUGUACCUGGAAGCCUUGUAGACCAGCCAUCGGGGCAGAAACCCAAUUACAUCAAGAAGUUUGCAUCAGGUGGCUGUGACAACCUCAUCAAGCUGUGGAAGGAGGAGGAGGACGGCCAGUGGAAGGAGGAGCAAAAGCUGGAAGCGCACAGUGACUGGGUUCGAGACGUGGCCUGGGCUCCCUCCAUCGGCCUGCCCACCAGCACCAUCGCCAGCUGCUCCCAGGAUGGUCGUGUGUUCAUUUGGACCUGUGAUGAUGCCUCAGGCAAUACGUGGUCCCCCAAAUUGCUGCACAAGUUCAAUGAUGUCGUGUGGCAUGUGAGCUGGUCCAUCACAGCCAACAUCCUGGCCGUCUCCGGUGGAGACAAUAAGGUGACCCUGUGGAAGGAGUCGGUUGAUGGGCAGUGGGUGUGCAUCAGUGAUGUCAACAAGGGCCAGGGCUCCAUGUCAGCGUCAGUCACAGAGGGCCAGCAGAACGAGCAGUGACAAGACAGGUAGGGCCUGGCUUCCCACCCGCCAGCUCCAGGACUGCCCCUUCCUGGGCCAACUGACCAAACAAUUGGGAAAAGCCCCCAACUCCAACAGGAUCAUUUUCCCAGGAGUUACAGAUGCAGCCACAGAUUGAUCAUCUGCCUUAACAUGAUCAGAGAUUCAGAGAUGCUUUGUAAUCUACCAUCCAGCUGAAAGCACUCAUGAAGAAACUACAAAUGAUGUUCAAAUCUAUUUUAAACUAUUUUGGGCCAUUUUUAUGUACGUUUGGGUUCAGGCAUUAUUUGGGGGGUUUUGUUUCCAAAGUAACUAAGUAAAGUCAUAUUGCUU